AUGAAGUCAACCAUCUUGCUCACCCUCAUAGCCCUCCCCUUCGCCCUAGCUGGUCCAAACAACAAGGCCAGAGCGUCAUCCCCCGACAUCAGCGCUUCCAUCGCAAACUUCCGCUCUGUCUUGGAUCCCAAGUCUUCGGUGAUCUCACCAAGAGAUACCCGACAGCUAAACAAACCUGCGGCACGAAAGUGCAAAGAUCUCAAGGGUUGGAGAUGGUGCUGGACAGAUGUGCUGAGAAGGAGCAGUUUCGAGGUUGCGAUGGGGGAGAUGGGCAUUGAACCGUCUAUACGUUGA